AUGGCAACCUCACUGACCUCAUCAAUUGGAUUGCCUUCGAAGGCAGAUGCAAAAGUUAAAUGGGUGAGGGUGCCAUACAUCCCGGAUACUUUCGUCAAUAAGCUAUGCAAAUUAUAUUGGCUUGGUAUUGACCGGGACUUGGAUGAGAUCCUGCGGGCUCUCAACAUGUGGGGAGAUGCUAUCGAGCCGCCGGCAUUCAGCUCGGAGCCUCACGAUGGGCUCGGUUUCGAAGCCUUUCUUCAGAGAGCCACAGGUUCGGACUCGGUCGAGUCGCUUACCUCCGAAAUCCUGGCCAGACUGGAUAUGAGCAAUCCUGACGAGUUGACAAAGAGGGAAAAGAUGGCGCAAGCACUCCUUCGAGCGGGAGCCCGCACGCUCUCGAGGAAGUAUGGUGGGCUGACCGCUGCGCACAAGUGGUCGAAUAUCGGGACCCUGAGUACACAUCAGGACAGUGGCUCCGGCCAAGAGCACCACAAUUGGUUGCUGCACAGGCAGAGAAUACCCAAGUGCCGGUCACUUUUGCGUCCCUUGAAUGCUCCAGCUGCAAGCAAGUCAUACAGGGCACCCAUUUUCGGUGCAUCUCUAGCUGCACUUGUGACAAGACACUUGAUCAGGGCCAACGACCUGUUUUCUGCGAGACAUGUGCUCGAGGGUCCAACGGAAAUCACCCAGAGGACUUGCGCAAAAUCAACAAGAGAUGCAUACUAUCCGCCUGACCCCGAAGACAGGGGCAUUGGCGACAAUCUGACAAAGGCUGCAAUGACUGCCGGUGCAGCUUUGAAGAUUCACCAAGAUAUCCCAUAUGGAAAUGUUCACAUGAGCCUCAUGAUUGGGCCGCUGAUAAUCGAGAACGGAGUGCCCCAGUCGAAGAAGGGGACGUUGAUCACCGUCCGAGACCGUCUCCAGCUCCAUCCAGUGGGUACAACUACGAAUUCAGUCAACUGGUGCUUUGCCCUCACCAACAAGAGACAGCUAUUCCUCACGGAUAAGCACAUACCUCGGAACCGUCGUGUCAAAGCCUUCAUGAAACAGGUCGUAGGUAGCCCAUUCUGGGGGCUGGGAAAGGACGACCGCGUCGUGGAGGCAGAAAUCAUCAAAAUGGUAGCCAAAGCCAGCUUCAGGUAUGCCGACAACCCGAAGAAAAGAACAGCAUUCAACAAGAAGAAAAAGUACAGUGCGAGAAAGAGUAUACUCAAAAGGCUCCACGAAUUUCUCCACGUUCGUGUCAGAUGCUACAUUCACACUAUCGUCGAGAGGCUUGCCGACAAAAGCCUAGAGCUACAGUGGAACCCAUUGAGCAACAAUUGUCAGAAGUUCUGUGACGCUUUGAUCGACCGCAAUGCCUUCGGCAGUUUCAUGGUCUACCCUCGGGAAUGUGAGGAGAAGAAGCACGAAGCACCGCAAGCACUAUAUCUACUGAGCUUUGUCAGUCGAAUCGGUUGCCAUGAUGGCUUCCCCAAAAGAGUGAUUCCAUCUUCGAGGGCCACAUCUGCAAACGGUCACACGGAGGAGUUCCUUCUUCGCUUCCGCCGAUUCGACCACCACAAUGACACGGACAUUAUCGACGGCCUGACAGAGUACUGGACCGAUUGGGGAGGGUUUCCCGAGCCUCUAUUUCGACAUCAAGGCCUCUUCCCGUGGGACUGUACUGAAGCACGCACUCAAGAGGAGGAGGCUGCGCGUCCUCAAGUGAAGUGCGGAGAUUGCUCUCUGGCGAAGCACCUUGGAGCGUUCCCCUUUGACGCAUGGUCCCUUACUCAGCUUCACAUUUUCAGAGAGCGGCGAUUCUAUACCCCAGCUUCAGGCACUUCUAGGAAAGAUCUGGCCCAGAUCGAUUACCAGGAGUGGAUGCACAACAGGAUGAGCGUUUUAGAGGCGAUACAGACCCUGGGAUCCAUUGCAGUCGGAAUGCAUCGGUCAAAGAGUUUUCGCAAUAGCUGCCAAUGGAAUUUUGAGGCUCGCGGCUUGGUUUUCCGCAACACGGCUGUCGACGGAGUUCUCUUCAGUCGUCGGAGACACAGAAUCCACAAGCUUCAAAAACAGAGGCACGGAAAUCUCAGAGUCCGACCAGACAGCGCCAAGAUCGUUCACGAUCGCAUCAAGCUUGCCGGGAUCCACCGGGCCCAGCCCAUGAGCUACCUUUACGAGCACGAUAUGCUGCAUGAUUGCACUCUAGCCGACUGGGCAGACCUAACAUACGAUGAACAGUUGACAGCCUACACGGAACUGCGUGACUUCAGGUCCGAGAACGUGCAUGAAGUCAUUGAGGAGGCAAGGCGGAAGUGGGAGUCAACAACGUCACGAGCCGGCGACCAGAUGAGAGCCCCUAUCACUUCCAAUGUACGUACCGCCGGCUGGAGAGACGGGGAUUGGAUCCCCGAAGAGCUUGUUCCGGAAGGAUGUGAUGGGCUGGGCGCUGUGAUGGAGUUUGACUCGGGCGGGAAGUGCAACUGUGUAUGUGAUGUUACGGCUCUAUCGGGUUUCGACUCAUCUCCGGCCUAUGGAGGAUGGGACUUGAGUUCGGGUGGCAGCGGAUUCUCCGCCGACCUAGGGAGCCACACAGGGUUUGACGGUGGGGGAGUUGGUAGUGACAGCUUUUCCAGUAGCGGUAGUGGUGGCGGUAGCAGCAGUUUCAGUGAUGGCGGAGGUAGCAGUAGUAGUAGUCAUGGUCACGAUGGGGGCGGGAGUAGCUCUAGUCAUGGAGGGGGCAGUGGUUGCGGAGGAAGCAGUAGUGGCUGAGGCAGCUACUGAUGCCGAGCGGCGGUCCACGGCGAGGAUGCUGCUUUCGGCGUUGUCUUCUUUCGACAGAAUCGGUGUGACGGCACAAAGCCGGAGCAGGAGGUCUUUCGGCCCCAUACCUGGCAAGCCCCCGCCGCAAACAACGGGGUCUCCGGCGCGCGGAACGCCCAAG